AUGGUUUAUGAAGAUGAGGUGUUUACUGCUCACGAGGUUGUUGAUGGUAGUGUAACACUGAUUAAAAAUGCUGUGUGUGGUACAGUCAUUGAUCCUGACCGCCUUCUUUUGGGUGCUGAGGAAGGUCUCUUCUGUAUCGACCUUGACAAUUGUGAAAUUGCAAGGAUAGGAGAUGGUAAAAAAAUCGUGAGCCUUGAGUAUAUAGCAGAAGAACAGCUAAUAAUGGUUAUUGCUGGACGGCAGCGACAAGUAAAGUUGAUUCCUGUCAGAGCUCUUGGUGGUGAUGAUGUUGAAUGGAUUAAGGUGUCAGAAACAAAGGUGCCAUUGCUUUUACUACUGGAAGUUUCGCACACCACUAGCAGUUGUCGUCUUCAUUACUGUUUAUGCGUAGCUGUCAAAAGACAAAAUCAAGAUGAGAGACCACAUCACCCAUAA